AUGGCCUCGGACGGACGUACAAAGCGUUCGCAAUCGAUAUGCGCGCCAGCCUCCGCGAGUAUGGAAGCUCUCGCCGCACCGAUGGAGACGACACCAGCUCCUCGGCGCAGACCAGCCACAAGGUCGCAGUCUGCCAGGAUAACGGGUGGGAGGUCUGUGAGACACAGGCGACAGGCGCAGCAGCAACAGUUGGACCGCGAAACACGAGCACGGUACAGUUCAGAGCCGAGGUUGGCUGAGGCGGAGACACCACCUCAAGUGAGGAGACAGGCGUCCGCAAGACGUCGCCCACCGACCGCUCAACACAGCCAGCCACGACGCUCCAAUGCCUUCCUCGACGUCCCCAGAACCACUCAUCAGCCUGAGGAAGAACCUGACGAAGACUCCUAUAGACUACGAACCUUCAACACAACGCAGAAAGGAGGCAUAGUAAACCGUGGAGACUCAUUCCGCCGACGACGUUCAAGAUCUGGUAGCCUAGCACCAUCUUCACCAGCGCAAUCAGCCCCUGAUACCCAGGAAAGAAGACCUGUAGCCCUUCAUCGUGUAGCGAUGGUUGGAGCACCAGGAGUCGGAAAGACAGCCCUCAUCAGCCAAUUCCAAACCAGCGAAUGUAUCAACGCGUAUGAUAGACAAAGAGAUAUCGAUAGCACAGAACAAAAGGUUUCCAUAUUGUUGAAUGGGGAAGAAUCCGAACUAUAUUUCGUCAAUUGCACAAACACUAAGGAUGAAAUAGACCGUUCUGAGCCACCAGACGCUUUUGUGGUGAUCUACUCCGUAGUUGACAAGGCCUCAUUCCAACGAGCAGAACAAGAAUUGGCCAGAUUACUUGACUGCGACAUGCUAAGAUCGCGACCGGCUUUACUGGUGGGAAAUAAAAUAGACUUAGCCAGAAGUCGGGCUGUAUCUACACAGGAUGGGAAGUGCCUGGCUUGUACUUAUAAAGCAAAGUUCAUAGAAGUCUCGGUUGGCAUCAAUCACAACGUCGACGAACUUUUGGUGGGUAUUUUAAAUCAGAUUCGUCUUAAAAAACAGCAGUAUUCAGCGGAGGGUGGCAGGGAAUCCUCGCCGGCACAUUGGUAUAAAUCAAGGGGUGUAGUACGAGCAAGUAUGAAAGCCAGACAAAUGCUGACGUGGAUAUUUGGUAAGGAAGAUUCAAAGUUCAAAAACUGUGAAAAUUUGAACGUCCUGUGA